GCCGUUCAUGCACAUCUAGACUUCGUUACUCGUUGAUUUCUUCUUCAUAUAAUAACGUGUCCCUCGGCAGUGGCUCAGUGCUUACUACGGCAUCAUACCCGGUCAUACGGCGCGCAACCCCCAUAGGGUCCCGCGAACGCGCUCCAUCAGCCUUCUCCUAACCCGUUUGUGCAAGACCGACGCCGACCGAGCAUACACGUCGUAGUUGGCAUGGAGGCCUCUAGCUUCUCCCCGGUCGAUUUCACGGUUGAGCCAGACUUACAACCUCUCUACCCGACCAAUGCCCAGAUCUCGGAUCUGUUAUCUCACCAUGUCGGCCUCGCUCCUUCGCAGAAGGCGGAGCUCGUAGCGCACUGCCUGGUGCGUGCGUGCGCGUUCGCAGACCUCUCCUUGCUGUCCUUCCUCCUCCAGGAUUCGCAGGCGCAACAGUUCGUCGAUCUCUCCAAGCAGGACGAGGACGGCCUCGGGCUAAUCAGUACUGCCAUCCUCGGCUUCGGCUCCGACUCUGACCGCGACAUCGAACGCGAGGAAUGCGUCAGGCUCCUAGUGUCGGAGGGCUGCGACGUGAAUGUUGCCGACAGUGCCGGCUGGACCCCACUGCAUUACGCCUCCCUGCUCUCUCCGCCCACGCUCGUGUCCUAUCUCCUCACACAUGGAUCGUCGCCCCUUGCCAUUACCAGGCGUGGGUUGACUGCGCUUGACAUCGUGACUGCCCACUCUACUGUGCCCGGACGGGAAGAUGUCGCACUGCUACUUGAAGAAGCGAUGCGAGAAGCAGGGUGGCAAGGUGGCCGAAUGGAAGAGCAACGUCGGAUCCUCGAGAAGCGUAUGCGUCGACUGGGAAAGCGAAGACACGUCCAAGAGGAUAUCGAGAAGGUUCUCGGUGUUAAUCCUAAGUGGUGGGGGGACGAGGAUGCCCUCUACUCACUCGACACGGACGAAGAUAGCGAUGACGAGGCCCCUAGCGAACUCACACUCACUCCACCGCCAGAUUUCUCGUCGAUGCUUGUGUUUUCCCCUAUGGCCCUACCGCACAUCUACCAGUCCCUGAUUAGUGACUUCCGGCCCCAACUCCGGAACGCCGAACCCGCGAACGCAUUGUAUAUGCUUACGCGGUUCGCGUGCCUGAGUUGCGAUGACAACUGGGUCGAGGAUUUGAUCAUCGGUGCUACCGACGCCAUUGAAGAUGUCUUCUUCAACCAUGCCGAGGACCCGACUUAUCUCAUAUUCUGGCUGUACAACACCACUGUUUGGUUACAUCUCAUGCGCUGUGACAAAGCCAUCAAUCAGACGUGCGAGAGUCUCGGUUCUCUGUCAUUGAUCGAGGAGAUCCUGAACUCCGUUUUCGUCUUCGUAAUUCGCUUCGCCGAACGGAGAAUAGACCAACUUCUCGAUGCCGCAAUGUUGGACUACAGUCCAGCGUCCAGCGAAUUUGACUCUAUCCAGUUCGAAGGCGAAUGGUCGUUCUUGCGGUCGUUCGCUGGCAAGAAGAAGGUGAAUGGCGCGGUCACAUCAAGUACGCCUCGAGGGAACCCACCCAUGUCCCCUACACAAGUCAGCAGGCCUCCGUCUCCCCAACCUGCGGCAUCUCCUCAGAAUGUCAGAGGGGGCUUUGCUUCCCUUCGGCAGACGUUCACGCGCAACCGUGGUGGAUCUACAGCAACCCCCUUGCAAUCCUUAUUUGACCCUCAGCAACCUACGACGUCACCGAAGGACAUCAUCUCGUUCAUCACCGCGCUGCAUACGCUUCUUACCAUGGCCGGCAUCAACCCCGCUAUAAUCACUCAGUUCUGGUCUCAGGUUAUGUAUUGGACCUCAAGCGAGAUAUUCAAUCGUAUUCUUACGAGGAAGAAGUAUCUGUGCCGGUCACGAGCCCUCCAGAUCAGCAUGAACCUCAGCGUCAUUGAAGAGUGGAUUGCCAACAUGGAGCUGCCGAAGAACAUAGGCUCGCACUUCGCGCCUGUCCACGACCUCUUGAUGUGGCUACAGUGUUUGUCGUCCAUCACGGAGUUCGCCAAUCUAAUUGCGACCAUCCAGAACAUGAAGCAUUUAAAUCCUCUGCAGAUGCGCCGCGCUGUACGAGACUACAAGUACGAGGUCAACGAGGGUCGUAUGACAGAGGAGUGCAAUCAGUACUUGCAACAACUGCAGAAAGAUUGGGAACGGCACCGGGUCAAGGUGGGUGUAGCGCAGCUGCGGAAAGAGAUCGGCGAACGCGAACGAGAGCGGGAGGAGAGCAGCGCAUCUCCAUCUCUCCAUGAAGCGCCCUUGAAUUCCGAACAAGCGUCAAUAGCACCGUCAAUCGAAUCCGCAGCGCAGCGCUCUAUCGACGCGCUCUUUGACCGGUCACAGGAAAAGCUGUUCUGGGAACCUGCCAAAGCUCCGGAACCGCUGGGGGAGCUCCUGGAUUCUCGAUACAUGCUUCCCCUCUUGCUCCCCUCUGAUCCACGCAUGCUCGGGGCUCUUCCGAAGAAGCCCGCGAGCCUCAGCGAGGAGAAGAACCACCGGAUAAGUGUUGACGGCUCCAGCCGGAGUACGAGUCGCGCGAGCUUUGGGAACCGAGGGGCAAUGGACUGGAAAUUUAGCAAGAAGUUGCGCGAUAUCGGACCAACGACACUGUUGUGGGUGGACGGCAGCGUCUCGGCGGCGCGGUGGACGCGACCGGUGGAGCCAGAGCCGGACGAGGAAGAGGAGAGACCGCCGCCGUACUCGUCUGACGAACAUCAAGGGGAUGGAGAAGACGAUGAUGGGCAAGGAACGCUGAGGAUCAACACCGCCGUCCACCUCACUGCGUUGACUCGAGCUCCAUCAGGACGGAGUAGAGGGAGGACGAGCAUGGCGGGUGGUACUCCGAUAGACCAUAGGGACGCGUCACUGGUAUCGUGACGGGCGUGGACGGAAUUUGGACCUGAGUUGUAAUCGAUGUUGCAUUGCUGUCCGCUGAGAUGUACGUACAUAUUGCUGCUUUCUAUUCUCC